AUGACUCGGACAACUCGUGCCGCAUUGAUCCUCGUGCUCCUCUCGUGCAUUGCUUCAGUUUCUGCACGAACAAUUCCAUGUCUAGACGGUUGCACUUGUGAGCUCUCAGAACAUGAUCCAGUGAUUAGAUGCGAUAGCGUUGGUCUGGAGCGAUUCCCACUUCCUCAUUCAUCACCACUUCGUGGAUUUCAUUUUCUGGCAUUGACAUGCAAUGACAUCGAAACGAUCCCAGCUAUCAGUAUGAUCAAGGCUUCAUUCCCAGAUCUUCAGGGAAUAGAUGUUCAAGGAAAUACUCGAUUGAAUUGCUCUGAUAUCGCACACUUGCACACCGAAAUCCCCGUUCUGUCCGAUUGUGAAAAUGAACACCCACUGCAAUGUGACAAGCUUGACAAGAGUUGUGACUGGAAGUGCCGUGCUCUCACGAAGCUGAAGGAGAUGUGGGCGCAAUUCAAGGAUCUUGUCAACAGAAAAGCAAAGGAAUGGCAAGCUGAAGAAACGAUUGAAGCUGCUAAGAGCUGGUUCAGUGCUCAAUUCAAAAAAUUCAAGGUUGCUAUUGGAGAGCUGUCCGACUAA